AUGGACGGAUGGCGGGAGAGGAGAAAGUUGCGCAAACGGAACGGAUUCGGACUUUGGACUAAGCGCUUCCGGAAUCUCAGGUUCGCUCCAGACAUCCAGCCAGACCCAACGGAACCCGAGCCUCCAUUUCCUCCCUCUGUAUGUAGACCUCCCUUCCACUUCCGGACCUCGAGCGUUUCCGUACCAUUGAUCAUCAGUAUACUGUAUCACCAUGGCCAGUACCUCUCGGAACGUACCGGCGGUGACCUCUAA